CCAUUCCCAACUCCUCCAACACCAAACCCCGGAAGCCGCACACACGGUCCACACUAGCCGAUUUGGGUACCUUUGCAUAGCUGAUAGCUAGCAAGCGCCAUGGACGCCAUAUCCUGCCUGCCGCCGCUGCCGGCGUCCACGUACAUGAGCACAUCCGCCGCUGCCUGCUACACCGACGCCGCCGUCGCCCGCGCGCUCCCCUUCUCCAUGCCCGCCUCCGCUUCCUCCUCAGAGCUCGACCCAUGCUCCUCUUCGCCUCUGUUCGCGGACUUCGUCCCCGGCGCCGGUGGCUGCAACUGGUUCGCCUCCGGGUCCUCGCCGCCCAUGGUCGAGUCCGUGUUGGUCGCGACCACCCCGGCAUCCAACAAGAGACAGCAGCAGCAGCUGGGCUGCCGCGCGGGCGGCCCAGGGAAGCGGCGAGCCAAGAGGCGGCCGUCGAAGCGCGCGCCGACGACGUACAUCAGCACGGACACGGCCAACUUCCGCUUCAUGGUGCAGCACGUCACCGGCGCCCUCCACCACGACGUCGACGUCGACGGUUUCUUCUCGCCUGCUGCAGCGUCCAGUCUGUUGCUAGCCCAGGACGAUGCUGCCUCUUACGGCGCCGCGUUCGGCAUGGACGAUGAUGGCCUCCUGGUUGCCGACGACGGGGCCGCGGCGCUUCAGCAGCAACAUCAUCGGCAACAACAAGAGCAGCAGCAGCAGGCGUGCUUCCCGACGCUCGACUCGUGGAGCGUCAUGUGUCACAACCACCAGAUCUAGGCAUCUCUAGCAGCUCGUAGCACGCAGCAGCGGCCAUGCCCUGGUCCCAUCCACGCUGACCUUGUAGAUCGAUCCAUCGGCCAUCAGGCCUUUUCUUCUUCUUCUUAAGUUCCAAACUUCCAAUGGCGCCGGCCAUUGCAGCCUUGCAGGAGAAGUAGACUUUUUUUUUCCCCCUUGGUCAGCAUACUCCAGUAUAAAGCUGCACUGUACUGUACUACUGUAUGUACGAACGUGCUAGCUGCCUUGCUGCACAGUGUUUGUAUGAGUAUGACAUGGUGUGCAGCUAGCUACCGUAACAUGCUGCACGGACCAACCUGUGUCGACGGCCCGUACAGUACCGUAUACGCAAUUGUUUCAACGGCGCGGCCUGGUCCAUCCGUUGCAUUCUUCUUUAUGCGUUGACAAAAUUAAAGCAGCUCCUCCGAGCUGUGCAGUUCGUUUGUUC